AUGAAGACAUGGGACCGAAUACCAGUCAGUGGGCUUCUUCCUCUGUUAUAUACAGCAGUCCUCUUGGCAUCAAAUGUCGGUGUUGUUGAUGGCAGGGUGAUUCUUUGCGAUCAGACCUUGGGAAAGGAAGUCGUAUCCACCUAUGAAGACAAGUAUCCAUUCUAUGGAAAAAUCUUUUCAAGUGUCGCCUUUUUUGAUUUCCGUGAACUGCGAAUACUGUAUGAGGUUGAUUUUGUAAUGAAUGGUCUGCUAAAGUUGUACAACAGCAAAUUUUUACCAUCGAUCGAUGGCCCCGAAGAAGUCAUGCCAGUAUUCAAUCCCGAAGAAGCCGAGAGUCUAUAUCAUCCGUUUCCCAAACUGAUGCUGGCGGACCUUGAAACCGAGUCCUUUGAUCAAAUCGACGCUGCUGCGAGGAAUGUGGGUGUGGAUUUUGUUAUUUUGACUUUGGACGACACCAAUUAUACUUGGCAAGAAAAGUUCAAAUGGUGGUGGCUAAGAGAGCUUCCCAAAGUUCCAGCGCAUAAAUACUUUGCCACUGCAAACUCCUUGCCUCCAUACUAUCUCGCAAUGAGUUCACUGGACGGAAGCUACCUCACAGAGAUACUAUUGAAAAAAGAGAGUGCAAUUCUAGAUUACGGAGACAUUAAUAGCCCCGAAAUUGCCAUUCAAAUAGACGAUUCCAGCAUGGUAAAAGGGAUUGAUUUGGUCGUGCAAGCAACAUUGUAUCUCGUAUUUGUAUUCCUUGCGCUGCGAUGGCUGAUAAAGUCAGACAUUAUGGAAGAAACCUUUCAACAGCAAGAAGCCAAACCCAAAUUUACGGCGGAAGAUCUGGGAGAAGGCAUCAUUUGCGAAGGUCCAUGCGCUCACGAAUGUGCCAUUUGUUUAGAAGCCAUGCCUCCUGGAACCAAAGUUCGCAUCUUGCCCUGUCGGCAUUCGUUCCACGAAGACUGCAUCGUAGGUUGGUUGAAUGAGGGAAAGACCACUUGCCCAUUAUGCAAGUUUGAUCUUCUCCAACAUUUUGAAGAGCAAAAGGAAGCAAGGGAGAGCAUUCUCCCUCCCAAAACCUUUCGGCAGCGUUUCCUGCGCAGAUUCAAUGCAUUAUUGAGAUUUCGAGGAAGAACGAUCCAAACAGAUGACGAUCAACUAUUGACAGCAGAAAUCGGUGACUUGGAGUUGACCGAAGAAAUUGCUCCAGCUAGUAGUACUGCUGGUACGAUUAGUGUGGCGAAUGGGGUGACCGUCUGA